UCGUCAUGAAAUGAGAUUUUGUGAUCAAAUUGUAAAUUUCCAUUGAUUUUUGUUUAUUUUAUAUUAUAAUUAGUGAAUAUACACCUAGAAAUAACAUCUACAAACUGUGACACUGCUAAUAGUGUGCAUUCAUAAUGUAGUUUUGUGUUAAAUCUGUUGAAAAUUCAACUCGUGUAAACUGUUUUGAUGUUCGGAAGUUCCAGUUUAAUAAAAUAACCCUCAAGAUGUCUCUACCAGGAAACGGUAUUUUUGUGGUGCAAGGGGAGAUGUGGAUGCUCGUCACUGCGAUGCGACGGAGUACACGCUGGGGCUCCCACUCAUUUCCCAACGAAGAAUACGAUGUUCUUAUGAGAACGUUUCAGGAUUUAAAAACUAUAUUAAAUCAAGUGGGUGACCUGAGGUUGCUGGACCCUGCAACUUAUUUGAGUCCCUUCCUAGAAGUCAUACGGAGCAAGGAAACCACAGGCCCUGUUACUAGCCUGGCUCUGUCUGCUAUACACAAGUUUUUAUCUUAUGGACUCAUAGAUCCAACACACCCGAGUGUGCCAGCCACAGUUGAGGAUAUUGCGGAUGCAGUUACCCAUGCACGGUUUGUGGGCACCGACCACUCCUCAGAUGGAGUUGUUCUCAUGAAAAUAUUGCAAGUUCUUCGCACAUUAAUGCUUAGUCCAGAGGGUGCCCUAUUGACUGAUGAGAGUGUAUGCGAAAUUAUGCUCAGCUGUUUUCGCAUUUGCUUUGAAAGCCGCCUAACAGAAUUACUACGGCGCAACGCGGAACAAUGUCUCCGUGAUAUGACACAGUUGAUCUUCAUGAGAUUGCCACAGUUCCCGACAGAGGACGCCGGAGCUGCCAAUUUUACCACCGUGGGACUUUCACUCAAGAAAAGAGAAAAAACUAGUAAAAGGAAAUCCUUAAACACCGCUAGCAACACUAAUUCUUUGGAGAGAAAACCAUCAACUAUAGAGCAACCAAGUCCAAGCGUCGCAGAAAACGAACAGGAAAGUGAGGCCAAACUUGAUAGACACAGCCAAGACAAAAACUUGAUAAACGAAGCUGAAAUCACAAUAGAACCAGUGGACCAACUGGUGAAGAGUCCAGUGAAGAAACAUGGCAGACAUUCAUCAAUGGAUCUGGCUAACGGGAACACGUCCAUCACGCAACUGCUGGAGAAGUGCGUGGCAGACAGUACAGAGUCGCCGCAGUCUCCUGAGAAGGAGCAGAAUGAUGAAGUCAAAGAUGCAGAAGUACCAGAGCCUGAAGAUACAUCCAGCAUCCAACCAGAUCCGACGUCUCCGACGACCGAAACAGAACAGAAAUUGGAGGAGUACGUGAAUCACCGCGGCAUCCGGUUCACGCCACAGGAGGAACCGCCCCACCUGCAGCCGUACGGCCUUGUCUGCGUCAGGGAACUCUUCAGAUUCCUUAUAUCUCUGUGCAAUCCGUUAGACGCUCAGAAUACAUCGGCGAUGGUCCACCUGGGCUUAUGUCUGGUCGGUACCGCUUUGGAAGUGGGCGCGGAUCAGAUCGCCAACUAUCCAUCCCUCUUGUAUCUAGUCAAGGACCCGCUUUGUAGGAAUUUAUUGAGUUUAUUAAAUACGGAGAGAAUUUCCAUAUUCGCCCUCGACCUGCAAGUCUCCUUUCUACUAUUCGAGGCACUACGUUUCCACUUAAAAUUCCAAAUGGAAGCGUUCUACAAAAAAAUCAUAGAAAUCAUAUCUGCGGACACAACAAAAGCUGUCUACGAAGUGAAAGAGAUCCAUCAUUUAGCAUUAGAAAGUUUAACCCAAAUGUUUAGAAUACCUGGACUCUGUGCGGAACUGUAUUUAAAUUACGACUGUGAUGUUUACUGCAUGAAUGUGUUUGAAGAAAUUACGAAAUUAUUAUCCAAAAAUGUGGUUUCGUCAACCGCAUACAAUAUCCACACGUUGCCACUCGAGGCGUUGCUGACUGUAAUAGAAGCUAUAGAGAUCGGUAGCCAGGCGAAAGUAGAGUGUGAGAGCGAGUCAAAAAUACAGAGUUUGGUGGAGGAGAAAGAGAAAAAAUACGGGCGAGGUGGGCACGUGUCGUUAGAGCUGGGGGGAUUGGAUGAAUCUGCUACUAGUGAUGAUACUACACAUGAAAUCAGCCAGUACAUCGUGGACGGGAGGCUGAACCGACAUAAACCCUGCUAUGAUUUACCUACAGAGGCCGAGUUGGAUAAUAUUAGGAACUUGAAAAAGUGGGUGACCCAAGGUACAGAGCUAUUCAACCAAAAGCCGGAGCGCGGCAUCGAGUUCCUUCAAGAGCAUGGUGUCCUCAAAACACCCCUCGACGCACGGGAGGUUGCAAUAUUCCUCAGAGAGAACCCAGAUUUGGAUAAAAAAAUGAUUGGCGAGUACAUCUGCAAGCGCUCGUCGCGGGGCGAGGAGGACGACGAGGGGGCGGCUGGCGCGGGGGGCGCGGGGGGGGCGGGGGGAGCGGGGGCCGCCAGCGUGCUGGCCGCGUUCGCAGACAGCUUCGACUACACCGGCCUCCGCAUCGACCAGGCGCUUCGUCUCUACCUGGAGACCUUCCGGCUGCCCGGGGAGGCGCCGCUCAUCUUCCUCGUCAUGGAACGAUUCGCCGAGCGGUGGCAUAGCACAAACGGCGAACCAUUCGCGAACACGGACGCGGCGUUUCGGCUUGCAUACGCAGUCAUUAUGUUAAAUAUGGACCAACACAACCACAACGCCAAGAAGCUCAAUGUCCCGAUGACGGUGGAAGACUUCGUCAGGAACCUGAGGGGCUGCAACGGCUCCGGUGACUUCGAUCAAUCCAUGUUGGAGGCGAUCUUUCAUUCGAUCAAGGGCGAGGAGAUGGUGAUGCCCGCGGAGCGCGUGGGCGCGGUGCGCGAGGCGUACCUGUGGCGCGUGCUGCAGCGGCGCGGCGCCGCGCCCGCCGCCGCCUACCGCGCCGCGCCCGCCCGCCACCAGCACUACGCCCGGCUCUUCGCCGUCGCCUGCCCGCCCGUCGUGAGCGCGUUGUCGGCGGCGUUCGAGCGCGCACCGCCGCCAUCGCGUGCGCCCGCAGACGAGGACGCGGCCGAGGGGGAGGCGGAGGGGGAGGGGCGGGCGGGCGGCGGCGGGGGGGCCGAGCCCGCGCUGGCGGCGCUGCGCGGCCUGCAGCGCUGCGCCUCGCUGCAGGCGCGGCUGCCCUGCGACACGCUCACGCUCGACACGCUGCUGCUCACGCUCUGCAAGUUCUCCGGGCUGCUGGCGCCCCCGCAAGCCUCUUAUGUACACAUCGGCGUGGCGCUGGGGCAGUCGACGAAGGCACAGCUGGCGCUGCAGCGCGCGUGCAGCGUGGCCGCGCGCCACGCAGACUGCGUGCGCGCCGCCUGGCGCCCGCUGCUCGACGUGCUGCGCGCGCUCUACGUCGCGCGCCUGCUGCCCAAGUGCAUGGUGGAGGCGGAGGACUACCUGGCGCCGGGCGGGCGCGUGGCGCUGGUGCGGGCGGCGCCGCGCGGGCCCGACGCCGGGCUGCUGUCCAGCAUCUACUCGUACAUCGCGCUCGGGGAGACAGGCAUGCGGGCUCCAAGUCCACACGAGAAAGCCCUAAUUGAAGUGGCUACAGAAUGUGUUGCCAAGUGCAACCUGCCCAGUCUACUAGUCACGGAGACUAAAUUCUUACAAGUUGAAAGCUUACAGGAACUGGUACGAGCCAUGAUAGCGGUAGGAACCCCUCCAGAUGCUGAAAGUCUCCAGGCGAACCCACAGUUGGAAGAUAUCACCAUUUUCUUCCUAGAGUUACUGGGACAGACUCUUAUACAGAAUCGGGACCGCCUAUCGGCGACAUGGGAGGAAGCGAGCGCGCACAUGGGACGCGUAGUGACGUGGGCAGCGAGUGCGAGCGGGACGGGAGAUGUUGCCCGGCGCGCACUGACUGCACAGUUGCGUACUGCGGCACGUCUCAUGCGCUGCGACCAGGCGGCCGCGCCCGCUCUCCACCACCUGCGACUGUUGUUCUCGUUGCCAUACAAGCUGUUCUACCAACAGGCGGAAGUCAUAUCGUGCGGGCUGUACGAGCUGGUGAAGACGUCCGCGCAGAACGUGCACAGCGCCGCCGACUGGGACGUGGUGUUCGCGCUGCUGUGCGCCGCCGGCGCAGGCGCGUGGCCGCGGGCCGCCUCCGCCUCGGCCGGCUCAGCAUCAAGUCGCUCUGAAGAUUCUGAGGAUGAAAGUGAAAGACGUCCUACGAGUAUGUCUUCAGAAAGUGAAUUGUCACAUUCGCCUCAAACACAAGGAUGGAUUUUAGUGAAAAACGAGCCAGAAACGAAGUCGGACUCGCUGGAGGCGGACGUGCGGCUUCGCGCCUGCAACGGAGCGGCGAUGGCGCGGUGCUGCGAGGCGCUGGCGCUGGUGGUGCGCGACGUGGCGCACGUGACGCCCUACAACUGCCGCGCCGCCGUGCGCGCCGUGCGCCUGCUGGCCGCCGCCGCCGCCCGCAAAAAGAACAAGACACGUGACGGCCGAAAGCAAAGACCGAGCUCUGCGAAACGACGCUACGACGACUCCAGCGACGAGGAACUUGACCCACACGACCAGUACCAUAUAGUUAGCAUACAGUUGUUGGAUCUAAUGCACACGCUGCACAGUCGCACCGCUCAAAUCUUCAAGUGGUGGCGUGAUGAAGCGGACCAAGCACAAGCCGAGGAAUAUGAUCUAUGGGAGGUGGCGUGGAUGCCGCUCUUACAGGGAAUCGCGGAGUUUUGCACCGACAGACGGAAACAGGUGGCCCGGAGCGCGGUGGCGUACCUGCAGCGCGCGCUGCUGGCGCCGGCGCUGAGCGGGCUGGCGGCGGCCGGCUGGGAGGCGUGCUUCCAGCGCGUGCUGUUCCCGCUGCUCGAGCGCCUGCAGCCGCUGCAGCCGCUGCGCGCGCGCGCCAACACCAUCAUGUGCAAGGUGUUCCUGCAGCACCUGUCGGCGCUGAGCGCGCGCGCGUCGUUCUGCGCGGUGUGGGUGCGCGUGGUGCGGCUGCAGCGCGCGCUGCUGGCGCCGCCCGCCGACGACGCGCUCACCGAGGCCGUGCUGGAGGCGCUCAAGAACAUGCUGCUCGUCAUGGACUCCGUCAAGAUAUUUAGUAAUGGAGAUGGAUACAACGAUCUCUGGUAUAUAACGUGGGACAAGAUAGGAGAGUUUCUACCGAAUUUGAAGGAAGAAUUGUUCCCUGAAGCUAAAGAUACCAAGCCUUCUGGAUUGCCAAGCCACAUGCAGCCAACGCUGCCGUCUACAUUACCAACCUUGGUGCCAGUCGGACCCAAUACGCCAACCAUUUUACCCGUCCCAACUACUUUGAGCCAACCUCAAAUACCAACAGCGAAUCAAUUGGCCCAACCUCACAUUCUAAUACCAACGUCUCAUCAAACUGCGUCCAAUCAAUAUUCGACCCAAACACGUUCACAAAGUGUUCAUUCUCCUAUAAAUUUAAGCCAAAGUCCGCCGUCGGCGACCAACACACAUACGGUUGUAACGGCGACACCUAUAAGCGGUAUGGUUCCUAUCCGGAAUCCCUUGUACGAUCAAACCGGCUUGACAUCGUCUGUUCUUCUGCAGCCGUUAAAUGAGAUGAUAUCGACCCCUAUUGGCAUUUCAAUACAGUCUCAAAUACCAAUUUUAUACCCACGAACAACGACAGAGCUCAUACAGACGCAGCAGCAACCGGACACACUGAAAAAUGAAACUAAUUCCUACAACAUAGAAAUUAUAUCUCAAAAUAACGAGACUCAAGAAAAUAUAGUGCCUAAAGAUAAGGAUGUACAGCAGAGCGAUUUAUAUGCAGAAUACCUAACAAAUCCAUAUAAUGAAUCCAAGGAAGUAUCGCCUAAAGAGGCAACCCUAUACGACCCGGAAAGUUUGUCGCCCACUGAUCAAACUGUACCUGAACCUGACAAGGACAACCGUAAUCCUCUCCUCACUGUUUUAGACAGGCAAAAGUCGUACAGUGCAAAUACGACGCCAAUGCAUAGUAAAAAUAAAGCUCAAUUUGGUUCAACAGAUAAUGUGAGAACGGAGCCUAGCUUAUUCAACUUUUCGAGCUACUUCGGUUCAGUCAACGAGAAGAGUUCUGAAGUUUUUGACGUGUUGAUGUCAUCACAGGAAGGAUAGCUCGCUUCCGAGUGUGAUGUAGGUACGUGGUUGUAGUUAUUUUAAAAUGGUACAGCAAACUUUAAAAAUUACUGUUAAUUAAAAAAAAGUUAAAAUUGUUGAAGCAAAUAGAUCAUAUCCUGUAUUAACACAUAUACAAUUUGCAUGAAUUAACACGGACAAUCCCGCGGCAUUUAGCUAGUUGGACGGUCCGGAAAGGUAGACCAUGUUUUUUAAUUUUAAACACAUGAUACGGGCCCAUCAUAAAUUACGUAAAACUUUGAGAGAGAUGGAGGAAGUCGACAGUGUGACAUUUUGUGACAAGGCGUGAAGGAGGUCCUGAUAUCAAAACGUCUCCACUACGCAUUAAAACAUGAAAUUUGAACUAUUAAAUAAUAAAAAUAUUUAAACCUUAUGCUUAUAUAAACUUCAUUUAUAUAAGCAUAAGGUUUAAAUUGUAUUGUAAAUAAGUGUACAAUCGGUUUAACAGUGUAAAGUAGCAAAAUUUGUGUCACAUUAUUAGUCUCACAUAUGUGAUCAGUUGUUACAAGGCGGGAGGAGUAAAUAAAUGACAAAAUUCUGUAAUUUAUGGUAGGCCCCUAAUUUGAAUAAAUCUACCAAUGUUUGUUUAGUUGUAAAUAUUGAAAAUAUUGUUCUAUGCCUAAUGAAUUGUUAUUUUAUAUUUGGACCCAGUUUACAUUCAUAACAACAUCAAUCUUUGUUUUUAGUUAAUAGUUGUUUUCUCCCUUUCUUUCAAAUUGAGUAUAUACAUUGAAAGAAAGGGAUAAAAUACUUCAAUGACAAAUCUUAUGAACAUUUAAAUUCAAUAUUGUUCAAUAUCUAAUCAUAUUUAGUAGAGGAGUUUUAAUAUUCUAUGUAUAAAGUAUUUUUUGUUGAAAAAUAUAUACAAAAUAGUGUUUAUAUUAGUUUAAAUAUUUAAUAUUAUAUGGCCUAUGAAUAUGUUUUAUAUUACUAAUUCCCUCUAAAUAACAUUCCAGUAUUUUCUUUAUGUAUUUAUUAAUGUAAAUAACAACAAAUUCACUUUACAAUUAUUAAUACACAUUAUAAAACGAUAUAUUUAUUAUUAUUAUUGUUUUUUACGAGCUCCCGAUAUCGCGACUCUGUUAUAAGCACUGUGGUUACGGUGAUUUGGCCCAAGAAAACAAUCACUGCAAUUACCCGUUAUAUAAUGUGUACAAUUGUAAAUAAACGUGAAGAAGAAUUUAAAACAAACAUAAUGUUUAGUCUGUGGACAGCAUAAUUUCUGCGUUUCAGCGUAAUUUACACAUUAUUCGUGAGCAUAGGCCCUAAAUAUCUACGUAU